GAAAAAAUAACAGAUAUACAAUAUGUAUUCGUAUAACAAAUCUGCCGCAUCCCCUUCGACUAGUGGAGAAGUUCGCGAUGGUUACACAGAGUACCAACAGCAGCAAUAUACCAAGUAUUUAAAGCAAUUGCUGGAUGAAUUCCAACGACAGUGGUGUAAACCACCAAAAUCAAAAAUCGCCUUCAACGAUAUUGAACGAAUACGGACCUUAGGGACUGGCGCAUUCGGUAGAGUUAUAUUAGUUAGAAAUACAGCUACUAAUAAAUAUUACGCCAUGAAAGUUUUAGAAAAAGAGAAAGUCCUCAAGAUGAAGCAGGUGGACCAUACUCUGUACGAAAAGAGAAUACUCGAAGCGAUCAGAUUUCCCUUUACAGUUUCCAUGGAGAGCAGUUUUAAGGACAACAGUUACGUGUACUUCGUCAUGCCAUUUGUACCUGGCGGUGAAAUGUUUGUUCAUUUAAGAAAAAUGGGUAAGUUCGAAGAACCGACGGCAAAAUUUUACGCAUGUCAAGUAAUAUUGGCUUUAGAAUAUUUACACUUCUGCAAUCUAGUAUACCGAGACCUAAAGCCAGAAAAUAUAAUGAUUGAUAAAAAUGGUUACUUAAAAAUAACGGACUUUGGAUUCUGCAAAAUCGUAAACGGAAGAACGUGGACGCUGUGUGGCACUCCGGAGUAUCUAGCACCUGAACUUAUUUUGAGCAAAGGCUAUGCAUUUUCUGUCGACUGGUGGUCUUUUGGAGUUCUACUAUUUGAAAUGAAUGCAGGUUAUCCCCCAUUCUACGCAAACGAUCCAAUGAAAACCUAUGAAAAAAUUGUCGGUGGAAAAUAUAGAUGCCCAUCUAGUUUUACUUCAGAUUUAAGAGAUCUCGUGCGAAAUACACUGCAAGUAGAUAUAAGCAAACGAUUUGGUGUAAUGAAAAAUGGUGUUAUGGAUUUCAAAACCCACAGAUGGUUUAAGGGAAUAGAAUGGGAGGCCAUAUUAAACUGUCGAUGGCCUGCGCCCUUCAUACCAAAAUGUAAGCACCCUGGCGAUUCCACAAAUUUCGAACGCUACGAUGAGGAAGCGAUAGUGCCGGCCUCUUACUGCCGGUUCGAGUCCGAAUUUAGUGAAUUUUAAGAAAGCCAAAACGAAUUACUAAUAAAUUUGUCAUUUUCUAAAUUGUAAAUUUAUUUAUCAUAAACUGAUUACUUGCGUAGAA